GUCGAUUUCCUUCAGUUUAUCUUUCGAGUGCCCCCGGAGGUGGUUUUCGUGCUUCUCGUUCCUCGGUACACCAUCACCAGUUUGAGUUCACCGCUUUGCUUGCUUGCGUUGUGUUCGUGACGCUUGUUUGCUCCCUUCCAGUUACACUUCUGUCUUCAUAUAUUCAUUUCUUCCUUUUUAUUGCCGUUCGUCACUCUGUCGGUUUCCUUGGCGGCGCACUAUCCAGGGUUUUUGUUUUCCGACACUCAACCGUUUGUAAGAGACGCUCAGGAGUUUGUGGACUUGGGUGGCGUAGAGCUAGUCUUCGUCAGUUGGUAGUGAAUGAGCGUUGAUCAGUUAGUCUACUUCCCUGGGAGUGGGCGGCGGAAACACUUUGCGAUUCUCGAGGUUGGGAUUAGAAUGUGGAGCACAGCUGGUUGGUUUUAGGAUUCACUAGUUUCAUACAAUAGCGAAACAUUUGCAGGGUAGGGAGGAAUACGUGAUUUUCUUCAGCUAGUUUUUCCUGAUAUGAUUUGUAGACGGGCCGCUAAGUUCGUCCGUGACGGUGAGGACAAAACUGUAGACAGAUUAGGCGGACGAUUCUUGCACUGGAUUCAAGGUCUCGCAAUUUGCAUUGCAGUCCAGAUUUUCAGGCAAUCUUCCUAGGGAGCAAAAGUAUACCCAGCUGGUGAAUCCUUGAGAAGCAAUGACGUUGCAGCAGUGGAUUCCUUAGCUAACGCCGCACAGGAACUAACAAGUAAACCUGGAUACUUCGACUGAUUUAAAGUGACAAGGAUAACCAGGUCGGGCCAAAGGAUUGGUUCAAAAUGCCUCACGGGGAUCUCCAUGUGUACCUGGAAGGCGCUCUUAACAUCAAGAAUACCGCCUUCUUAGGCAAUAGCAGCCCGUAUUGCAUUCUCACAGUCGGCAAUCAGUCAUUCCAGUCUCAUGUCGCUAAAGAUGGAGGAAGUAGGCCCUACUGGAACCAGACAUUCGAAUUCAAAAUUGACAGCAGCACAAAUACAAUGGGGAUUCAAAUUAAGGCGAGGCAUGCCAUGAGGGAUGAUGAUAUAGUUGGGGAGACCUCUCUUCAAUUUGUUGAAGUGUUUCGAAAAGUUCAUAGCAUCCCUACCUCUCCAUAUACUGUGUAUCGUAGUGGGAGAAGCUACGGCGAGAUCAGGAUUGGGUUAACCUUUUACGCCAAAAAGAAACCAACGUCUCAACAUCCAAAUCCACAUCAACCUUCUAACCAAAGGCCGCGUGGCCCGUCCAAUUUAAGCCCUAUUCCAAGUUGGGGACAUGGAUCGGAUUAUGAGGGCACCGAUGACAAUUCGUCUAGGGACGGCUCCAGCCGCAGGCGAGACUCAGUUGAUGCCUACAACGACACUCCAUCGCCACAGAGAGCUUUUCCACCAUCUUAUGAUAACGAGACGCGCCGCAGAAAUUCAUAUCCCAUAGAGGCCAAUCAGCCGCCUCCUCAGCCCAUCCAGCAACAGGAUCCUCGAAAUCACCAUACACGUUCACAGUCAGGAGAUGGUUCAAGCCAUGGAGGGCGUAAAGCACAAACUCCUGCUAAUGGUCGCGGUGCCCCUCCAAAUGGUUCUGCAGGCCGUCCGGUAUUUCCUGCGAGCAUGCGGCCUCCACCACGUGCUGAUAAGGAGAUUUCUGUGGAAGCCAGUCACGUUAACACUGCAGGUCAAAUAAAUCCCUUGAUGACCUCUCGGACUCGGCCUCCACCAGAUUACUCUUUUGCAGAUGUUGCUUCUCCUUCUUCGGGCAGGUAUGACUUGCCGCAGAUCCCCACCAUUUCGGAAAUUUAUAACGCUGUCCCAAUCACAAGUCCCGCGGGGGAACCCGAGCUGUCUGCGGUCCCUGUAGCAGCUCAGGCUAAUGAUGCAGCGAAAAUUGGUCCACUAAUUUCUGAAGAUAAGCCUUUGUAUGUAAGGAGAGGUCGUAGUCAAGGUGGGUCUGGAUAUUUAUCACCAUUAUCCGAAUCGCCUUCACCUGGACAAUCUCAAAGGAGGGAGGAUUCGGACGCUGAAUCAGAGGGUUCUCGUCACUCGGGACGAUCGAGAUUCUCCAGAUCUCGGGAACAGAGCAGGUCAGGCGAAAUGGCUGUCAAGGAUUCGCGCAAAUCUGACUCAGAGGGUUCUCAGUACACCGCAAGACCAGGCCUAGGUAGCUAUGAAAAUGGCAACCAAGGUCCUGUUUACCAGCAAGUCCCUGUGAAUCCCGGCAUUAGAAGACCAAUUGCGGGACCGUCCAUAGACAGCCGCAAUAUAAAUGAUGGUCCAAGACCUAGAUUUCCAGGAGCACAAGGGAAUAUGCUCCCCACAGCACAACCGGUGGGUGCACCAGGUGUACACGAUAUGAAGAAUCGGUACUUAACUGCUUCGCCAGAAGAGAUGCUUCAAGGAGGUCCUGUCCAGUUCAGGCCUCCACACCUCCAGCCUCGUAUGCAACCGGGUCCAAAUCCUCGACCAAUGCAGACCAUCCUGCCGUAUCCACCUAGGAAUCCUCGGUAUCCUCGGCCUGUAGGGCUUAACCAACCAAGCAACUUUGCAUCGCAAGGACAAGCUCCCUUACAAAUGCGGCCUGCGAUUCAGCGUCCAACUGGACAAGUUCCCCUUGCUGGAGAGCCGCUGAGUAAAGAAGCACUUCUAGCAGCUCAGUACGGGAGGAAUGUACGUGGCGAUCCUUUACUGCCUCAAAGCUUGGAAGGGGUCUCACCAGCAUUAGCACCUCCCAGAAUGACUAAUGAAGUUGGAUUUGGACCGCAUGGUUCGCAGGAUUCGGAUUCUGCUACGGAAUCAGAAAGCUCGAAGAAAUCCAAGAGGUCUACGGUAUCUAAAGACUCAGUCAAGUCAGGGACGUCGAGUGUGUCCGCUCGUGGUCCUCGUCCAAGGUCUUAUCAACCAAGUCCUCUUGCACCUCACAAAUAUGUCCCAAAACGCGCCGUACAAGCUCGGCAAGAACCUUUACCAGGUCGCCAACAUAUGUCACCACCGGAAUUUGUGCCAGAUGAAGGAGACAGCAGCAGUGAGGAAGAGGACGAUGCUCCAGUUGGUCCUCAAAGUGUCCCACGAGGUGCUCCACAACCUAGUUUCCAGAGUGCUCCACGAGAUGCUCCACAAUCUGCAUCUGCUGCAGACAAUCGAGACAAUGCAGACAAUGGAGACAAUGGAGAUAAUGAUGGAGGUUACUCAUUGAGCCUUAAUAUUCAAUUUGGAGGUAGUGAAGACAGUAAUCAGGAUUCCUCAGUUGUGCAAAAAGCAGACACUUCUAUACAACAAGAAGUAACAGUGGAGCGAACAGUGGAGCAGACUGUUACGGUUGAACGAAGUGUUUCUGUUGAGCAGUCUGUUUCCGUUGAACAAUCUGUUUCAAUUGAGCAGAGUGUUUCCGUUGAGGUGGAGGCUUCGUACAAAGAAAGUGUUGAAGUUGAGACUUCUUACCAGCAGAGUGUUGAGGUUGAGACCUCGUACGAACAAAACGUUUCAUAUGAGCAAAGUGUUGAAGUGAAUACACAAAUCGAGGCUUCGUAUGAGCAAGAGUAUGAAGCCAAGGUGUCGUACGAGGAAAACCAUCAAGUGGAAGCUUCUUAUGAGGAAAACUAUGAAGCAGAGGCAUCGUACGAGGAAAACCAUGAAGUCGAAGCUUCUUAUGAGGAAAACUAUGAAGCAGAGGCAUCAUACGAGGAAAAUCAUGAAGUCGAAGCUUGUUAUGAGGAAAACUAUGAAGCAGAUGCAUCAUACGAGGAAAAUCAUGAAGUGAAAGCUUCUUAUGAGGAAAACUAUGAAGCAGAGGCAUCAUACGAGGAAAAUUAUGAAGUGGAAGCUUCUUAUGAGGAAAACUAUGAAGCAGAGGCAUCAUACGAGGAAAAUCAUGAAGUCGAAGCUUGUUAUGAGGAAAACUAUGAAGCAGAUGCAUCAUACGAGGAAAAUCAUGAAGUCGAAGCUUCUUAUGAGGAAAACUAUGAAGCAGAGGCAUCAUACGAGGAAAAUUAUGAAGUGGAAGCUUCUUAUGAGGAAAACUAUGAAGCAGAGGCAUCAUACGAGGAUAACCAUGAAGUCGAAGCUUGUUAUGAGGAAAACUAUGAAGCAGAGGCAUCAUACGAGGAAAAUCAUGAAGUCGAAGCUUGUUAUGAGGAAAACUAUGAAGCAGAGGCAUCAUACGAGGAAAAUUAUGAAGUGGAAGCUUCUUAUGAGGAAAACUAUGAAGCAGAGGCAUCAUACGAGGAAAAUUAUGAAGUGGAAGCUUCUUAUGAGGAAAACUAUGAAGCAGAGGCAUCAUACGAGGAAAAUUAUGAAGUGGAAGCUUGUUAUGAGGAAAACUAUGAAGCAGAGGCAUCAUACGAGGAAAAUUAUGAAGUGGACGCUUCUCAUGAGGAAAACUAUGAAGCAGAGGCAUCAUACGAGGGAAAUUAUGAAGUGGAAGCUUCUUAUGUGGAAAACUAUGAAGCAGAGGCAUCGUACGAGAAAAAUCAUGAAGUCGAAGCUUCUUACGAGGAAAAUUAUGAAGCAAAGGCAUCAUACGAAGAGAAUACUGCAUUGCAGUCUUCGUACGAAGAGGAAUAUGAGACAAAGACUUCAUACGAACAGGAAUAUGAAGCGAAUGUAUCCUAUGAAGAGGAGGUCCAAUUGGAGACUUCUUAUGAGGAGAAGUAUGAAGCAGAGGUCUCUUAUUCGGAGACUGUAGAAAGGGAGGUCUCUAACGAAGAAACUGUGAACACGUCUUAUGAAGAAAAUAUUUCUUACGAAGAAACUCAAAAUGUUGAGAUUUCAUAUGAGGAGAAUAAUAAUGUAAAUACUUCCUAUGAAGAGACCAUUACUGUAACGGAGACUGUGACUUAUCAAGAGACUCUGACGACAGAUUCUAACGUCGAUAAAGUGGAUUCUGGGAAUGCAAGCAAUGAAGCAGCGGUGGGCGGUUUUGGAUUUGGACUAUCAUUGGAAUUUGCAAGCAGCUCCCAGGGGGCAGAUAACACCAAUCCUGGCAGAGUUCAAGAUUUUGAAGAAGACACUACGCAGAUGGUAGAAGCUACCAGGGAUUGUGCUGCCGAUGAUGGCAGAGGUCAAAUCGUAGAAGCGAAAAAUCAUAGAAGCUCGAAGAAAAAGUCCACGAAGUCUAGUUCAAGUUCCAGUUCCUCGAGCUCAGAUUCUGAUAGCGAAAGCGACGAUGACAAAAAUUCUCGGCGGGUGAAGGGUUCUCAACCCCCCAGUGGUCAGGAUGAUCUCUAUCUUAGUCCUCCCAGGUAUAUUCGAACAGGACCGGGUAGUAGCAGGGUUCCCCAACCCCAUUAUCCACCGCCAAAUGUAGGGGUUUCACAAAGUGACCGUAUUGGCAACUGGCUCGAGGAGGUCACCUAUGCGGAGCCAGUGCCUUUCGAUGAAGACGUGACAUACCACGCUCAGCCGGUAAAUAUGCCACCUCCCGCAAGAACUGAUCGAAGACCAGCACCAGGAAGGCCACAACCUGCCGCUUACGACACCACUUAUGCACCCUCGUCAGGGUAUGAUGAGUAUGAAGAACCCAUUCCAUACGAAACGCAUGACCAAUUCAGUUAUGAUCCACAACCAGUGUACAGAGGUGCAGUGUCAGGCAAUUCCCAAGGUUACAAUCUCCCAAAAGGAAGUGCGGGACAGCAGUACAACCAACCUCACCAGGCCGUGCCUGUAGUCCCGGCUGGGCAGGUACCCAUUACCAAAAAAGUGGGAAAGACCGUUUCAAACGCAAUGCAGGGCAUCUAUAAGACUAUGAAACAGUAUGGGAACACUCUACAACCCCUUGUGGCGCCUAUAGGCUUAGCCAUGGCAGACGAGGCAAGGAGGGAAACUAUGCAAUUGGUUGGUCCAGCUGGUAGAGGACAAGAUCCAGUUACAGGAGCUUUAAUUGCUGGAAUAGCUUCCAGUCUGCAGGGGGGUGCUCAAGGGCGAGGUCGCGGUCAAAUUGGGCCCGGGCGAGGAAGAGGAAGAGCCCAAGGCCCUCCGCCCUCUGGUAUGGGUCGUGCACGCGGAAGAGGGCCUUCGAGGCCGAUGGGUGGUGGUCCUCCAAGAGGACCUCCAGGCCUGGCCGGACCACCUCGAGGACCUCCGGGCCCUCCCAGAGGACCACGCCCUACGGGGAUGUGUCCUCGAGGUCCUCUCCCCAUGGGAGGACCUCCUCGCGGACCACCCAUGGGAGGAGGCCCCCCGCGACGUCCCCCACCUCCUGGCAUGAGAGGUCCACCUCGGCCAGAAGUAUACUGAAGCGACACGACUGCAGCCUAGACACGCGCACAAAUUCUCCACCCAAAGCGAAGAGAGUAAGAUUUUGGUUGAGAUUGCAUUGAAUCCUGCAGUCCAUUGUCGAUCUUCUGCUUUUAAGACUGCCCGAGGAGAAGGGAACCUCUGCAUGGAGAAGUCGAUGCAUCCUCCACCGAGUCAUGCCCGACGGUUCCGAAAUGCAGAACCAUGUUGGGCUGAAGCUCAAGUACAAGCAUAGACAAAACUGGCCGGAGAUCUUCACUUCAAUGGAUACACUUAGCUAAUGAGAGGUUCACUAGAUCCGUGGAAGGAGAGCAACAUCAGGUCUUCCUCGCUUUUCGUGUCGCCGUUCAUCCUGAGAUAUACACCGGCAUUUGGGCGUCGAGUACCGUAAAUUUCUACCGUGUAGAUGUGUCUGUGAACUGGUGGGUGGAAACCUCAAUUAUUAUCGACAUGGAACUACUCUUGUUGCUGCUUCAACUACUGUAAAAUUUAUCUCGACACUUCAUCUUUUAACACUUUGUUAGCACAUUCUAGGCUAAAACAGCAUACACAACUAGUCUGCCACCAAAUGGCAUAACUAGGUAAUAAAAAUUAUUACGUAGACAAAAAAAAAAUUAUUGCCAAAAUUUUAAUUUUUCAUUUAAA